UGCGCCGCUGCUUCUCCUGCCGUCCUGGGGACCGGCCCCACAGCUCCUCUCUCCCGGGUCCUGGGGCGCCGCUGCCCGCAGCCCUGAGUCUGGCCCCCGCCGGGGGGAGAGGGAGGAGGAACAGACCGUGACCUUGGCUCUGACCUUGGCUGGCCGUGGCCUCCCCCGGCACCCCCAGCCCAUCGCGCGCGUACCACCCGGCUAGUCCAGGGUCCUGCGCAGAGGAGCGGGUGCUUGCGGUGGGUUUCUCCAGCCCGAGGACUUCAGACUGCCCCGCGCCUUCCGUGGCCAGGGGAGGGCCCGGAGCUGCGAGAGCUGUGCGGGGGAUGGGGAGGGUUAGCGCUGUGCACCUGGCGGGACCCAUAGGCAGCUUCAGACUACCAAGGAGCCUAAUAGACGGUUUUAACCGCGGUCUCCGAUUACAGAUGAGAAAACUGAGGCCUGAGAGAGGGCGGCAUGGCCUGAGGUCGCUGCUUGCAUGGGAAGCGCUUCUUCCGCCCCCAGGGAGAUGUGGGAGGGGGACGGGGUAAUCCCGAGGCCACAGCAGGCUGCAGUACGCAUUCGCCGAACUGGAGAGACCCUUUGACGCCCCUCGGCCACCUGGCUCAAGCAGGCCCUAGCAGCCCCUCUCCAGUGUCUUGGAACAGGCCCCAUCUAAAUAGAAUUGCGGUUUGUUGCUGAGCAAAAGCUCAUCCGCUUCUCAGAAAGUGGGGUCAGAGUAGACCUGCUGCUGAGAGAAUCCAGGCUCUGCUGCUGCCCAGCUUGGAGGGCCCUCUGGGGAGAACCCUUUCUGGCCUCUGUUUACUGAUCUCUGCAAUGGGUGCAUUAGGGAGUAGUCCUCACUAGGGCACCCCAGACAGGGUUGUGUAUGUGGGAGUCUUAGUGGCCAUGGUGUCGGCAGUUUUCUGGGGUUGGGUUGAGGUUCUGAGGUUGGGUUGGGGAUGCUGUGUGACCUUGUCCUCAGAGAAGAGACCCCCAAGAGAUACCCAGGGCAACUCUGCUGGAGUCUGGACUGGGCAGGGGGUUGCACAGGGCACCUGACUCUCACUCCUUGUUGCUGUCCUUGACUGUAUGGGCAGGAACUAGUAGGGCUGGCUUGGGCUCUGGCUCUAGAUACUGAGCCCUCAUGCCCUGCUGGGAUGCAGGUGGGGGUGGGUGGCAGGCUGCCCUCCUGCCAGGCUGGGUCAAGGUCACAGCAGUGCCCAGUGGCCAACCCAGACUGUUUAGUGUUUAUAAAACAGUGUUCCUGCACCGGGCCAUUCUGGACACAGCCAGACUUUGUCCCUAUCUGGCCCAAACUGCCCCAUUCCCCUGUGGGGGUGGGAGUGGGGCUGGCAGAGGGAGCAGCUCUGGCUCAGCUGAUGGGAACUGCAUCGCUAAGAGAAAUCUGGCUUACAUAUUGACUGCAGUGAUCAGGGCACAGUCGCUGAAACCCCACACAGCCCUGUCACUCACCAGCUUAGCCAGCUUAGCCUCUUGCACCUCAGUUUCUCUGUUUAUAAAGUGGAACUGAUAUGAGUGCCCACCCCAUGGGAUGUUGGGAGGAUUAAAUGAGCACAGUAUCUGUCCUAGAAUCAGUGCUCCUGACGGUGCCUAUUAUGUUUAUUCCCAUGACGAUGGUCUUGAUAUCUAGUUUCCUUUGCCAUAGACUGGGGAUGAUAAAGCGUCCUGGGUUGUGGAUUCUUUUUGAUGCUCUAGAAGAUUCUCCCUGAUGCUUCAGGAGCUCCUGGGCUCAGUGGCCAGCUGGGCUGGCACGACCUUCUCUUUGCCCAGGCCUCUAGGAUGGUCAGAGGUGGAACAGGAGUUGGGACCCUGGCUGCCUGACCCCAGAGCUCAUGCCUGGCACUUGGAGAGGUGCUGCUCCCAGAGGAGCCGGCCCCAAGUGCCCCGCACUCUAGGGCUUGGCAUCACUGGCUCGUGGGCUGGGCCACAUGACCCGAAGCCUCAGGGGCUGAGCAUUGGGGAGGGAAACUUGGGAGCACUCAGAGGCUCCCAAGCUCACCUCCCUCCUCCCUGCAGUGGAAUAUUUUUUGUUUUGAAAAUUUUCUCUGUUCAGGCUUGCUGCUGGUUGCCCCAGGAGCCUGUCCUCCAUCCAUUGAGGUGACAUCACCCCUUUCCUCUGGCUCAUGUGAGUUAGAAGGAGGGCUGUGCCCUGCCCUCUGGUGGGGCCUGACCUUUUGUGGAAAGUCCAGCCAGUGAGUUUUCUGGUGACAUGGUUGAGCUGAUGGCAGGGGUGAGGCAGAAGGGUGCAACAGGUGUUGGCUGAGCACACCUGACCAGGAGCAUUGGCUCAGGGCCCGGCCUGGGCAGUACUUGGAAGCCAGUUAUACCCCAGAAUGCACAUUUUCUGGGGCCUGAGCUGUCCAGGGGUAGGGGACUCCUCCCGCCUGGGUGACCCCUUGUGAGGUGGUCCUUGCACCCAGCUUACAAGCUGGGCGGUCUGGGCAGGAGGGCAUUAGCUGGCAUUCAUGGGGAGCUGCUCUAUGUCCAGGCAGUGGCUGUGCUGGAGCAGAGGAAGGGGUUCUGCUCACAGUUGUGGGUGGGGAACAGAGGUCCCACUUCACACAUCAUGUGUAGGAUGAGUUGGCAGGGGUAUGGGGUGAUCUGGGACCUCAGUGGGCCCUAUCAACCCCUAACCUGCCUGGAUAGGGAUAUCUGGGGGGUUCUCCAGGAUUGGCAGAGGCUCUUAGAACUCUUACCCUCUGCGGAAUAGAGAAAGCCCCCAUCACUGAAAGCCCAAGAUUUAGAUAUUUUCCCUGGGAAGGCACAGGUGACAGAGUGAGGUGAGAUGAGCUGCAGGGCCUGGUUCCCCCUGGUCUGGGUGGGCUUCCAGUCUGUACCUGCCUGGGCUGUUAGCUGUCUUGAGUGGCGCUGGGCUGGGCCUGGGGCUGCCUUCCAUUCUACUCUUCCUGCCCCUCCAGACCUUAGCCCUUCCUGCAAUGAAAUGGGGCUAUUGUUGGGCCUAGUGUCACCAGCCCUCUGGCUGGGCCUGGGAGAGAGGGCACUCUGGCCCAGGAUUGCAGUCACAGGGAGUCACUGGUCACUUUUGGUCGCAAUGACUAGAGCCACAGCCCUCCUGAGAUAGUGUGCCUCUAUCACCCCCGACACCUGUGCUCACUGGAUGCUUUUGCCCCUGCUUUUCCCUGACCAUGCACGACACACCUGACCCCUGGAGGACUGCCUGCCCUGGUUCUAGGGUGGUGGGCCUGAGACCCACUCCUUCUUGGUGGUACUCCCUGCACCUGCCCUGUGGCUCUCCGAGUGGGCUCCAGGACCUAGGUGGGUGCUCCCUGAGGCAGGGCCUGGGGAGUUCAUGUCUCUGCACAGGCUUUGGGGACUAUCAGGGAAGGAGUGUGGUCUGGGAUGAGUGUGGCACAGCAGGGCUGGGGCUCAGGGCUGUUUGAUAUCUAUUGAUAGAGUUUACUGAGCUGGGGGCUUCCACCAGACAGUAAGCCCAGGGGGCUGGGAGAGUGUCACAUUCCCAGUCUCAUCACUGCCUAGCCCAGCACCAUCUGCCCAGUGGGCACCAUCUGCCCAGUGGGAAUGACAAGUGCUGAUGAGCGGACAGUGGCUUGGUAGAGCCUCUUCCUGUCUUGGUCCUGCCAUUUAUGCCUCUCCUUCAUUGCCUGCGUCCAGAAUGAGUCAGCUGAGGCUGCUGCCGUCCCGUCUUGGGGUACAGGCUGCGAGGCUCCUGGCUGCACAUGACGUCCCGGUGUUUGGCUGGCGCAGCAGGUCCUCCGGGCCACCGGCCACCUUCCCAAGCAGCAAAGGUGGAGGCGGCUCCAGUUACAUGGAGGAGAUGUACUUCGCCUGGUUGGAAAACCCCCAGAGUGUCCACAAGUCCUGGGACAGCUUCUUCAGGGAAGCCAGCGAGGAAGCCUUUUCUGGCUCUACUCAGCCACGGCCCCCUUCUGUUGUCCAUGAGAGCAGGUCUGCAGUCUCAAGUCGGACCAAGACCAGCAAAUUGGUGGAGGACCACCUGGCUGUGCAGUCCCUGAUCCGGGCCUACCAGAUCCGGGGUCACCAUGUGGCCCAGCUGGACCCCCUGGGCAUUCUGGAUGCGGACCUGGACUCCUUUGUGCCCUCAGACUUGAUCACAACCAUUGAUAAACUGGCCUUCUAUGACCUGCAGGAGGCUGACCUUGAUAAGGAGUUCCAGCUGCCGACAACCACCUUCAUUGGGGGCUCUGAAAACACCCUCUCUCUGCGGGAGAUCAUUCGGCGCCUGGAGAACACCUACUGCCAGCACAUUGGCCUGGAGUUCAUGUUCAUCAACGAUGUGGAGCAGUGCCAGUGGAUCCGGCAGAAGUUUGAGACCCCUGGUGUGAUGCAGUUCUCCAGCGAGGAGAAGCGGACCCUGCUGGCCCGGCUAGUGCGCUCCAUGAGGUUUGAAGACUUCCUGGCCCGGAAAUGGUCCUCAGAGAAGCGGUUUGGCCUGGAGGGCUGUGAAGUGAUGAUUCCUGCCCUCAAGACCAUCAUCGACAAAUCCAGCGAGAUGGGGAUUGAGAAUGUCAUCUUGGGGAUGCCACACAGGGGAAGGCUGAACGUGCUGGCCAACGUGAUCCGCAAGGACCUGGAGCAGAUCUUCUGCCAGUUUGACCCCAAGCUGGAGGCGGCGGACGAGGGCUCCGGGGAUGUCAAGUACCACCUGGGCAUGUACCAUGAGAGGAUCAACCGCGUCACCAACCGGAACAUCACUCUGUCGCUGGUUGCCAACCCCUCCCACCUGGAGGCAGUGGACCCUGUGGUGCAGGGGAAGACAAAGGCAGAGCAGUUCUACCGUGGAGACGCCCAGGGCAAGAAGGUCAUGUCCAUCCUGGUUCAUGGGGACGCUGCCUUUGCUGGCCAGGGCGUGGUAUAUGAGACCUUCCACCUGAGCGACCUGCCCUCCUACACGACCAAUGGUACCGUGCACGUCGUUGUCAACAACCAGAUUGGAUUCACCACAGACCCCCGAAUGGCCCGCUCCUCACCAUACCCGACCGACGUGGCCCGGGUGGUCAAUGCGCCUAUCUUCCAUGUGAAUGCCGAUGACCCAGAGGCUGUGAUAUAUGUGUGCAGUGUGGCAGCCGAAUGGAGAAACACUUUCAACAAAGACGUUGUCGUGGACCUGGUCUGUUACCGCCGGCGCGGCCACAAUGAGAUGGACGAGCCCAUGUUCACCCAGCCGCUCAUGUACAAGCAGAUCCACAGACAGGUGCCUGUGCUGAAGAAGUACGCAGACAAGCUGAUUGCCGAGGGCACAGUCACCCUGCAGGAGUUUGAGGAAGAAAUUGCCAAAUACGACCGGAUCUGUGAGGAGGCUUAUGGCAGGUCCAAGGAUAAAAAGAUCCUGCAUAUAAAGCACUGGUUGGACUCCCCCUGGCCUGGCUUCUUCAACGUAGAUGGGGAGCCCAAGAGCAUGACAUGCCCAGCCACGGGGAUCCCUGAGGACAUGCUCACCCACAUCGGCAGCGUGGCCAGCUCUGUGCCCCUGGAGGACUUUAAGAUCCACACCGGCCUCUCUCGCAUUCUGCGGGGCCGUGCGGACAUGACCAAGAACCGGACGGUGGACUGGGCGCUGGCAGAGUACAUGGCCUUUGGCUCCCUGCUGAAGGAAGGCAUCCAUGUGCGGCUCAGCGGGCAGGAUGUGGAGAGGGGCACAUUCAGUCACCGGCACCAUGUUCUCCAUGACCAGGAGGUUGACCGCAGGACGUGUGUGCCUAUGAAUCAUCUCUGGCCUGACCAGGCCCCGUACACCGUGUGCAACAGCUCCCUCUCGGAGUAUGGAGUCCUGGGCUUUGAGCUGGGCUAUGCCAUGGCCAGCCCCAAUGCCCUGGUCCUCUGGGAGGCCCAGUUUGGGGACUUCCACAACACGGCCCAGUGCAUCAUCGACCAGUUCAUCAGCACCGGCCAGGCCAAGUGGGUGCGGCAUAAUGGCAUUGUGCUGCUGCUGCCCCAUGGCAUGGAAGGCAUGGGCCCAGAGCACUCGUCAGCGAGGCCCGAGAGGUUCCUGCAGAUGAGCAAUGACGACUCGGAUGCCUACCCUGCAUUCACCAAGGACUUCGAGGUGAGCCAGCUCUAUGACUGCAACUGGAUCGUGGUCAACUGCUCCACACCGGCCAACUACUUCCAUGUGCUGCGCCGGCAGAUCCUGCUGCCCUUCCGCAAGCCGGGACCAGCUUCCAGCGGGUGAUUCCUGAAGAUGGGGCUGCAGCACGGGCCCCUGAGCAGGUGCGGCGGCUCAUCUUCUGCACGGGAAAGGUGUACUAUGACCUGGUGAAGGAGCGGAGCAGCCAGGGCCUGGAGGAGAAAGUGGCCAUCACGCGCCUGGAGCAG